GGUCUAAGUUUUGUUUGCUCCAACAAAUUUGUUAUUAUGGAUAAUUCAAAAACCGCUCAACAAGCAUUCUGGAUUGAAUUCAUAAAUUUGUACAAAUCGAAACCAGUGCUUUGGAAGUAUGGAAGUGAAGUGUACAAAGAUCGGAUAGGAAAGAAGCAUGCUUAUUUGGAUUUGGUGGAGAAAAUGCGUGAGAUUGAACCAAAUCCUGAUGUUGAUAUGGUAAAGAAGAAAAUCAACAGUUUUCGAGCAUGCUAUAGGCGCUUAUGUUUUAAUGCCCAGGAACAAAUUAAAGUUGGUGAACAGCCGCAGAAUAGAUGGGUGUAUUUCAAACAUUUCAAAUUCUUAAACGAAAUCUACGGUACCGAAGAUCAGGAUUCAGAUAAAAACAAUGACGAGGAGAACGAAGAUGAAGUUUUGGUAUAUAUGCCGCAUAAAAGCAGCACAAGUAGCAGAUUUCAGACGGAUUCUACCAGCUCUUCAAGAUCGCUAAAUAUUUCACUGGAUGAAACGCUAAAUCAAUCAAGGCAUAUAAGCGAAACAAGUUUUAAUAUGACCCUAAAUACUAAGGAAAACCAGAACUUUUGGAUCGAAUUUAUUAAACUAUAUAAAUCAAAACCCGAACUAUGGAAAGUUAAUAGUGAGGUGUAUAAAGAUCGUAAAGCAAAAAAGUAUGCUUACAUAGAACUAGUUGAAAAAUUGCGUGAAGUUCAUCCUAAUCCUACAGCUGAAAUGGUCAGAAAAAAAAUUAAUAUACUACGGACGUCUUAUAGAAAGGAAUUGCAUAAAAUGGAACGUGCCAUAAGAGUGGGCAGAAAGCCUGUUAAUAACUGGUUAUAUUUUGACCAUUUUUCCUUUCUAAAUGAGUCUAAAGAUCCCCUAGAGGAAGCUGAUACUUCAAACGAAGCUGAUGAAGAUAAUGAUGAUUAUGGCCCGCUUGAUAAUACCGCUGAUCACAUGGAAAACACUGAUUUCGAUGCUAUCGAUGAAGAAAUAAGCGAAGUUGUGGAAUUUAGUACAUCGAAGAACUCCACAAAGUUAGAAAAUAAUUCCCAACCAUCCAGCCCAGCAAUAUCUAUGCAUGAAAAACAAACUGUAUCACAUGAAUUAAAUCAAUUCAGUGCAGAUGCUGACGUAGUAAGUUUAAACCUAACGAAAAAGCAAAAAUUCUGGAUAGAAUUCAUUAAGCUAUACAGAUCAAAGCCAGAACUAUGGAAAUGUGAUAGCGAGUUUUAUAAAGAUGCUAGAGCCAAGCGGUCUGCUUAUUUAAAGUUGUUGAAGAAAAUGCGUGAGAUUUAUCCAACUGCUGAUGUUGGUAUGGUUAAAAGAAAACUCGACACACUCUGCUCUAUCUAUAGGAAAUUAAUGAGUAAAAUGCGGAAAGGACAACGUUUAGUUGGGAAAGCGGCUGAUCAAUUGAUCUACUUUAAAUAUCUCUCGUUUCUAAACGAACAAAAUGAUCCACUAGACGAUAAAGAUGAUGACUGGAAUGAUAGCGAGUUCAACAAAUAUAGUUCAAUCCAAGAUAAUAUGUCUGAUAACAAUUUACAAGAUGAUGAUUUUGUUGCUGAUGAGCAUGAUCUAGUUGUGCAGUUUCUGACAACUAAAGAGAGUACCAAACGCCAAUAUUCGCCUUCUCCUACACCGAACCACAACGAAAGUGCACAGAAUGAAGCUGCAAACAUGCAAUUUAAGAAAUGUAGGCAAUAUAGCGAUGAAGCUGAUAUUUUAGGUAUAAGUUGGGCAUAUCAAUACCGUAGUUUAAGUCAAACGCAAAAAAUUUUUGCCAAAAAGGCAAUCGAUGAUAUAUUGUUUGAAGCGCGCCUAGAGACAUUACAACGCAAUUCGGUUAGGAUCAAUGAGCGCGGUUGUGAUCGCUGUAAACACACGUAAUAAGUAAGUAUAUUUCGUUUAUUUUUUUGUAGUAGUCCAAGUAUGUACUGUUUUUUAGAUUUUUUACAUUUCUAUAAUGCUCGUAAGCAACAAAGGCUUUACAUAUAUUUUUUCCUUAAAAAUGAAACAAAUAAUAAGUGAUCAACCUGUUAUUGUUAUGACAUUGAACAAAAUAUCAAUCGUAAACGUAAAAAAAGCAAGUUAG